AUUGGUUUGCUGUCAAACGUGAGAGUUCUUGGGCUUGGGAAGAAGUAUGCAGUCCACCGAGGAAAAUUGCAUUUUUUGCCGGAUUGUGCGGAAGGAGGAUAACAAAACUGUGAUAGAAUAUGAAACGGACAACAUUGUGAUAUUUAAAGACAUCAGACCUGCCACAAAAUUCCAUUUUCUCGCUGUACCCAAGAAGCAUAUUAAGAAUUGCAAAGAACUUACCAUGGAUCAUAAGCCCCUAUUGGAGGAGAUGAAGGAGAGCCUGGAGAAAAUUCUAACUGAAAAGGGAGUGGAUAUAGCCAGAGAUUCUCUUUUAGGAUUCCACUGGCCACCUUUCAAUUCAGUAAAACAUCUUCAUAUGCAUGGGAUGGGGCCUAAGGACCAAAUGGGAUUCAUUGGGAAGUUGAUAUUUAAGCCCAACAAUCGCUGGUUUUGCAGUACUGAUUACGUGAUCGAUUGGAUUCAGAAGCAAUCUUCCAGUUAAUCUUCCUGAAGCAAAUUGAAUUCGAUAUUACAAUUUUUUUCUUUUUUUAUUAUGAAUGGAAUACGGAAUAAUAUUAGAAAAAAUACUCUAUGAAUAGACAAAUUUAUUUGGAUUUUUCACUUAGCCAAAAGGUAUUGGUAGACAAAGAUUUAUGAAUGAUUUUGUAAGCAUUCAAAAAAUAUAAAUAAAUAAUUUUGAAUU